GACUCCAGGACCCCUAACAGGCCUUGGCCCAGCCGCCAUGACGAACGUAUACUCCUUGGAUGGGAUUCUGGUGUUUGGUUUGCUCUUUGUUUGUACCUGUGCCUACUUCAAGAAAGUACCUCGUCUCAAAUCCUGGCUGCUGUCAGAGAAGAAGGGAGUUUGGGGUGUUUUUUACAAAGCUGCUGUGAUCGGAACCAGGCUGCACGCUGCAGUGGCAAUCGCCUGCAUUGUAAUGGCCUUUUAUGUCCUGUUUAUAAAAUGAAUUCCAAAGCAUCCAACUCAUCAGCUGCCAACCAAGGGGAUGGGGGUGAAGAACCUGUCAAGGGCCUGGGCCCAGCAUAGCAGAGUUCAGCUAAAAUCAUCAAAGUCCCCAGGGUGACACCACAGCAUCCUCCCCUACCACAUGUGGGGAGACUCUUCAUGGUCACAAACAUUGUUUAUGCUUCAGGGGACUCCAGAAAGCCAUUUCCUUUGAUUUCUGUGUAAAUCAGUCCUUGGCAGAGAGCAUAAGAUGUCUAGAUAAAUUGCAAGAUACGAUUACAUACCUCCU